CUGUGUUUCAAAAAUUAGAUUUUCUUAAAAUUUUUUUUUUAUUUCUCAGAUAGAAAAUGUCUACUGAGCGGUGGGGAGGUAAAGACGACAUCCAUUUAGCGAGUAGGAGUAGGGAUGAUGAUCUGAUUGCACAGUUAGGACGGAUUCUCCAGGAGAGAGAGGAGAUGGAGGAAGGACGGAUACUGGAGAGGGUUUGCAUUGGGUUGGAGAAACUUCUUGCCUGUCCAAGAGAUUUGUGGAGUAGUCUCGAAGAAGUGAUAAAUGAUGGUCGAAGUGUAAAAUAUGAAAUACGGAAAUGUUUUGAAUAUACUAGAAACAAGAAGGAGGUGUUUACAAACAAGGGAAAAGGUAGAUUGUUCAUGAGAUAUCUUCUGCAGCAAAACCUACUCUUAUCAACCCUGGAGUACUUAGCUCUACCUAAACCUAUCCUAGACCUAGCAGAACAAGCUGACCGGAUGAGGUGGAAAAUAAACCUGGAGAACAGCUGCUGGUUAGAUGUAUCCUGGGAGACAGGAAUGAUGGAAACCCAUCUACUUGUACCAUCAGCAGACCUCGGAGUGUUCGUUACUCUAGCCUCGGGGAAACCAAUUGUUACAAAGGUUCUGCCUGGGAGUGUUGCUGCAGAAGAUGGAAAGAUUGAGAUUGGAGAUACUUUAACUCAUAUAAAUGGUGAACUAGUGAUAAAUCAAAUGAACAGUGGCCAGGGUUUAAAUAGAAUAUUCAAUCUUCUGGAAGAAUCAAAAGGAAAACCAAUAUCAAUAACUGUCACAAAGGCUUGGAAUAUAAACAGUCUAGAACUGUUCUCCCCUGUUGUACCUCUUCUCAAACAAAUAAGGAUCAAUGUAGAAGACCUGCAGAGAAGCUAUUUUCUUACUAGGAGAGGAAUUAGGCGAAGAAGUGAUGAUGAUGAGUAUAACCCUCUGGAAGAUUUCGAUGAACAGGAGUACACUGAUGGACCGGGAUAUUCCUGCUUGUACAUGGGCAGUGUAAACCUGGGUACGCGAGGAGAUGUAGAUCAAAUAGAAGUCGGGAUUCAAACAGUUCUAAAUCAAACUCCAACAGGUGUUGGGCAUCCAGCUGUUCUUCGACUUUUAGAGCUAGAGUUGGUUCUAUCCCGGCCUUUAACCAAGGAUAUAGUUCUUAAACUUAGCUAUCCUAAUAUAUCAAGCUGUGGGCGGAUUAUUGCACUACCGAAGUAUUUUGCUUUUAUCGCCCAGGCUAAAAACGAGAUGUGUAUGUGCCAUGUAUUCUAUACGAGCAGAGAGGAAACAGUCUCAGAGAUCUUAGACAGUAUUGGAGAAGGGUUUUCAAGAACUUCAUUUACUGUUUAGAUCUAGGAUACUAUUGGAUAAGGGUUUUAAGAACUUUUUUUUAAAUUGAAGGAGUAAUUAGAAUACAAAAUCGAGUUAGAAUGGAGUUUUCUAUUUUUUGCUUCAAUUCACUUUGUCUAAAAAAAAUGACAAACGUUCAAUUGAUCA